UGGUCGCUCAGUACAGACAAGACAACAGAACAGAUGUCAUGAAUGUUGUAGUACAGAUUACUGCAACGAUCAACUCUGUGCUCACAGAGAAGCAUUAGCCUGCCUGAACGAUCCAAAUGUUGACUGCGCUCGGCUGAAUACGUUACUCGACGUUUGUUCUGAUGCCAGCAAUGCUAAAAAAAUAUGUCCACAAUUUUGCGGUCUAUGUAGUCUUGUGGAUGGCAACUGGGCAGAGUGGAGCCAAUGGUCGACAUGCAGUGUAACGUGUGAGAAUGGCACAACUACACGUUCACGCACAUGUACGAACCCGCCACCUAGUAACGGUGGCCUCAACUGUGGAGGACCAGCAGUUGACUCGCAAUUGUGCACAAACCAACUUUGUCCAGUGCAUGGUAAUUGGUCGGGCUGGUCAACAUGGUCGACCUGCACCGAAACGUGUGAUAUUGGGAUUAAAACUAGGAUGAGAACGUGCAACAAUCCGAAACCGGACAGAUUUGGAGAUAAUUGUUUUGGCGAUGCUACCCAGUUCAUAUUAUGCCUAAAUGACCCAUGCAGUUACAGAAAUGGUGGUUGGUCCAGUUGGAAUCCAUGGCUGAGUUGUUCAGUCACGUGUGGUAUGGGCAUGAGAAUACGCAAUCGGACGUGUACCAAUCCAAUCCCGUCCGCCUACGGAAAAGCGUGUGUUGGAGACUUCAACGACUUCGCUUUUUGUGUAAAUACACCAUGUACAUUUGUUUCCUUCAAUGUGCAUGGAUUCAACCUUCUGAUUAAUAAUGUGAAUGCUUUUCCUGUCACUGUCAGCAAUGUUGGGAACGCGUACAAUACAAGUGAUGGACAUUUCACCGCUCCCGUCACCGGAGUUUACUACUUUGCAUCCCAGUUCUGCGUUUAUUCAUCCAAUACUAUCAUUUUCUACAUUGAAAAAGGAAACGCUGCAAUGCGUUCAAAAACGCGUCUUACAUCAACUCGCGGAUACGAUGGUAGUACCGGGUGCACAUCCGUUUCCACGACGGUGAAAUUGAACACAAAUGAACACGUGUGGGUGUUAAUGGGAAGCCAAUAUGAUUCGGCUUCUGUAUUUCAAGGUCCCACUGACUGGAAUAUAUUUACCGGCACACUUAUCCAACAGCUUGACUGAAAGCAAAAUGAUAGACAAAGUGAACUAUUGAUUUACGCGCACACCAAAAAUGUUUGUAGAUCUACAAAAAUGUUGUUUAAAUACUAGUAUAUAACUAUAUAUAAACAAUAGUCUUUUUUUGUUUUGCAUUAACGAAGUGGUAUAAUAUUAUGCAUUGUAUGGGGUACUUCAAAGACGGCAUAUGAAUUAGAAAUCGAAACGUCAUAUCAACGGUUAACAUUUUUUUUUAUUCUGUGUAUCCUGUUUGAUACCCGGUUUGUGUUAAGUAUUAUGGUAAAGAUAGUAUAAUAUUUUCAUUGAUAAAUUGUUAAACAAUGCUAUUCUUUAUGUCAUAUUUUUUACUAAAGUAAACUAACUCAUCACUAUUUAUAACAAAAACAUGUUUUUAAUACAAAUUACGAAUAAAAAGGCAAAGUAAAA